AUGUCGGACAUCCCCGGGCAAGAGUACUGUGCAUCAUUCGGCAAGUCAGUGACACUGAAAAUAGUUACCAGUGUCACUGACUCACCCAAUGAUGGGCAGUACUCUCGCCGGAGAUUUUUCUGUACACUACCAGCUGCAGCGACGAGAGUGGUCACCUGUGACAAUGGAGAAAACGUCCAGUUCCUGAUCUGUGAUUCUGGGGUGAUCUCCAUUGAGAGAGCUCUGUAUGGAAGGACUGACGGAACCACCUGUAGAGAAGGACGACCUGCCAACCAGCUGACCAACACACAGUGUUCACAGACAGGCACCCUGGAGGUCCUCUCACAGAGGUGCAAUGGGAAACAGGUGUGUGAAGUGAACACGGAAGUCUUCCGUACUUCUGACCCCUGUGUGGGAAUCUACAAAUACCUGGAUACCACCUACACCUGCAUCCCAGCAACACGCAGCAUCACGUGUGAAGGCUCUGAUGGUCUACUAGAAUGUGGUGUAAUGGGAAGAGCCAGUGUGACAUCCCGGCGUCCAACUCUCUGUAUGGAGAUCCCUGUGUAUGAACCUACAAAAAAGUCCUGUACCUUGGGCCUAAAAGAGUCCAGCCCGGUAAAGGAGUUCAGGGAACUCAAGUGA